AGGGCUGUUCCGGGUUCAGAUCAGGAAAUAGGAAAUCCUCCCAGGCAGAGGCUGAUGGAAGGGGAACCUCACACAGAAGGGUCACCUGGCUCCUCUGCUCUCAGGGAACACAGAGCUGCGUCAGCCUGUGGUCCCCAUGCCACCACUUCUGGUCAACCCUUUCAGAGAUCGAAUCUGCAGGGUGUUCUCCCACAACAAUGUGUUCUCCUUUGAGGAUGUUCUCGGCAUGGCAUCAGUGUUCAGUGAGCAGGCCUGCCCCAGUCUGAAGAUUGAAUAUGCCUUUCGCAUCUAUGGUUCCAUGGUCUCCCAAAACAGUGUCAGAAGCUGGGAAAUGUUCAAACACAUGAACCUGGGAGGGCUAGUUCAGGUUAAAAUCUUAGCACCAUCCAAGGGCACUGGAGUCACCGAUGGCAGGCCAGAGAGGAAGAGAAGCCGCAUAUGGGUUGAAAGACUCGGGCUUGUCUAGCAGGAAAAAUAUUGGGCGGUAACUUGAGACACAUGAGCAUUUGAGCCAGUUCUGCAUGCAGUGACUGCAGGUCUGGGACAGGUCAUUUCGUUUCCCGAGAAUCCAUGGUCUCAUCUUGAAAGUGAAGGACUUGAGAGAGGUCAUCUCUGACGUCUUUGGUAUCUGCCAAGUGGGUUACUCGGACCUCUCAAAAGCAACUGAAGGGAAAGAACCAAAGAAAUCUCAAUCAUACAUUCCCACUCCUAUGGGCUGCUUGUCACCUUGCUGUCUCCGCCAUAGAACAGUGGGAUACUCAGACCUCUCAAAAGCAAUUGAAAGAAAAGAACCAAAGAAAUCUUGAGACACCUUCCAGCAGACCAAGAACGUCUUUGAAUAUAUCAUGGUAACUCCUCUGCUUGCACAGGCAGACUGGAAUGGAUGAGCAUGGCCCUUUCUGUUUAAGUAGGCCAUCCAGUCCUCCUGUCCUCAGACAUCAGUGAGCAGACUCAUGCAGGCUGAGGAAAACUGAAACUUGCCAAGCAUGGUGGCACACACCGGUAAUCCUAACACUCGGGAGGCUGAGGCAGAGGGAUCAGGAGUUUGAAGACAAACUGGGCUGCACAGUGAGACCUUGUCUUAAGAAGUCAAGGGCUAGUGUUCUAGCUCAAUGAUAGAAUGCUUGCCUGGGAUACACAAGGCUCUGGAUUUGAUUCUCAAACUAAACAAACAACCCCCCCCCAACCCUCUCUAACCUGAAGGACAAGAUUGCAGUCUGAAUUAAACCAAAAAUGUCCGAGCUGUUUUUGGAGAACUAGAACAGAACUCAGUAUCUUUACACCAAAACAUUUACAAUCCCCCAAAUUAAAUCUAAAAGUGACCUGAUAUACAAGAAAAUUCCUUUAAAUCUUGCUGCCAUCUCCAGAAGGGAGACUGACUCUGACAUGACCCAGAUACUGAAAUUCACUGAUAAACAGUCUUAAAACAGCUACCGUCACUGUUGUCUGCUCUUCAGAGAAACAGAAGCAAGGAGAAAGAAGAGGGAAGGGGGGAAGGAUGCAGGAAUGGAGAGAGGAAGGAAGAGGGAGGAAGAGAAAGAUGGGCUUAUAGAUGACUCUGGUGACCAGCACCCCACAGUCUCCUGUGAGUGAGGCAUCCAGGAAAGAUGGUGACUUAAUUCAGUCCAAGGGCACCAGAACCAAGGGCAUCAUUGACCAAGGACAGAGCAGAAGGAAAAACUCCUCUGUCCUGUUUUAUGCUCUUGGAGCCUUUGCUGGACUGGAUGAUGCCCACCCACAAGAAUGAAUGUAGUCUUGUUUUUAAAUUUGUAUUUGUUUUUAAA